AUGCGCUUCACAUUACCACACUUACAAGCCCUAAAGGAGCAGUUUGCAACAUACAUCGACAGCAAUGGAGACGAGCGGGCUAGCAUGCAAGAGGUUCCCAGCUACCUUAGAAAGUAUAAACCAGACGUUACGCCAUGACAAGUGAGGGAGUUCAUUGCUCGGAGGGAUAAAGACGGCGACGGGUCCGCGGACUAUAUUCCCGACUAUCUGAUGGAGGUUAGCUCCCCUGAUUUCGAUGUGGCCACCGCGAAAGAGUGGUUCAGUCUAGAGGACACAAAUGGGGACGGGUAUGUGAUACGCGAUGAGCUCAUCAACAUUGCUACGAAGGUUGGUGCAGUAUAG